AAAAUGUUUAAGCAUGUUGGUAGACUAAUUGGAACUUCAGCUAGAGAUAAAAAAAGAAAGGAAAAAGAGUUUUUCGCAGCAGUUGUAAUUGGAGAAAUAAGCAUAAUCGAUGAACUUAUUAAGUUUGAUGACAUCGAUCCUAACACUCUGGGUGUUGAUGCGUUGACCGCUUUGCAUAUUGCCGCCGAAAAAGGCGACAUUGCAGUGGGCAAUUACUUUUUACAAUUGAAAGAUAUAGAUAUUAAUAGUCACAAGCACGCGAGAAAUGGCGAAAGCCCUCUGAUAACAGCGACAAUAUUCAAUCGAAUGGGCUUUGCUGCUUUGCUAUUGAAAUAUGGAGCCAAUCCUAAUAUACAGAAUCGAUUUGGUAGAACAGCUUUGCAUGUAGCAGUAAUAAAAAAAAACCUGGUAAUGGUAAAAAAGCUGCUAUUUUGCCAUGCCCAACCUAACGUAUGCGACGCCUUCGAUAAUACUCCCUUAAGCUUGAGCGUUAUCGAGUAUCCUUCGAAGAAAGUUUGCGAACUGUUACUCAGAUGGAACGCAGAUCCGAAUUUGCGGCAUGUAAAGACGGACUCAUUAAUGUUAGAAUUGGCUCUAAACUGUAAAUCCUUAAACCAAAUCGAACUCGUUAAACUACUCUUGAAUCACGGAGCUCAACUAAACGUAGUCGAUUCUAUUUCACAUCAUUCGAUGCUUCAUAUGGUUGCCAUAACUGGAUACUUGCCGUUGGCUAAGUUUCUGCUCGAGCUGGAAAAGAUUGAUUAUAAUUUAAAGGAUACCUCCGGACGGACAGCUUAUGAUGUGGCAGUUGAGCACCGAAAUAAGGACGUAGCGAAUGCCUUUAAGGAAAUUAUAUUUAAGAAAAAUAGUAAGAUAAAGGAGACGAAAAAAUUGCGCUCGGAGUCGUCGAAAUUCAAAAGAAUUUUUCGUAGUAAUCGUAGUGUUCGGUUUUCGGAAGAAGAUGAUAAUGAAAAAUAAAUUUUAUUUUAGUUGGCUAGCAAUUUUGUUUUAUAUAAAUUAAAUUAUUAUUUAUGUAUACAAUACAA